AUGUCCGACCAGUCCAAGACCGUUAUUCUGCAUCUCGGGGAUCCGAUCGAAUUCAAUAAGGACCUUUACAAGCAACUGCAGGAGUCAUUUACCGUGAUCCGCCCCUCAGUCGAGGAGCGCCAACGAGGUCCAUGGCUACAGGCUCUGAAAGACCACAAAUGGGGCGACUUCCAGGCUGUAUUCCGACCAUUUUGGAAUUCGGGAGGCGAAAUGGGCCGCUGGGAUUCUGAGAUGAUUCCUCUUCUUCCCAAGUCUAUGCGCCUCUUCGCAUCGGCGGGUGCCGGCUACGACUGGGCCGAUGUCGAUCUGCUGGCUGAGGCUGGGAUUCUGUACUGUAACGGCGCCGCUGCCAGCUCUGAGGCUGUGGCAGACAUGGCCAUUUACCAUAUCAUUUCCGUCUUCCGCAACAUUCAGUGGAGCAACACGGCUGCCCGGUCUGGUGACGCCGCACAGUUCCUCGAUGCCCACCGCCACCAGCCUGUAGGCGCUCACAACCCAGCCGGCUUCACCCUUGGAAUCAUUGGCCUGGGUAACAUCGGAUACCGCAUUGGGCUCAAGGCGUACCGCUGCUUCGGCAUGAAGAUCAUCUACCACGAUCUCUCUGCGAACGGUCAUCUGUGGGCUGUUGGGCUCGAUGUGCAUGAGGAUGAGCCAAACGUCAAUAAACGCCUUCUUCAGUUCCGCAACUGCAGCUUCACGGCACACAACGCAGGCGGCGCAUUUGAGACGAUGCUGGGGUUCGAGGCAUUGUCUAUGAAAAACGUGUUAGCUGUCCUAGGUGGCAAAGACCCUAUCACUCCAGUGAACCAGAACCUGCUAAAACACUGA